AUGACUGAUGCAAAAGACGGCGUUUCACUGUUCGAUCACGCGUCUGGCACUGCCGUUGCUCCUGCUGACACUGCUCCUGCUCUUGACCGCUCACAGUGGCAGACUCGCGAUGCUGCUGCGCGCCUCGCUAUUUGCAACCAUCUGCCGAUCACUGAGCGCGCGCAUUUUAGCCAGCACAAGACUGCUAAGGCACUGUACGACGCUGUAGUUGCGCGCUAUUUGUCCCCAGCCACUGCUGCCGUAGGCCGUCUCAUCUUGCCCUACCUGUUCCCAGACCUGUCCUCGUUUGCCACCGCUGAGGACCUUAUCUCUCACCUCCGCGCUAGUGACGCUCGCUUUCGUGCCGCCCUUACAGACGACUUCCUCGCCACCCCCCUCCCCCCCCCCCCCCCCCUGUUGUACUUUACCCUCGACAUCCUCGUCACCCGCCUCCCUGACACUCUCAGUUCAGUCAGGGACCACUUCCUCGCCAAAGACCCUACCACUCUCACUCUAGCCGACUUCGAGCAGCAGCUCCUAGCAGCAGAAAAGAACAUCCUCGCUGUAGGUGCUGCUCGUGGCACUCCUCGCACUCCCCUCUUUGAGGGGUGCUCCCCCUCCCCUCUUGCCCCCUCUUUCGCCUCUGCUGCUGCAGUCGUUGACCUCCUCGGUGCUGAGAAGGUCGCAGCUGCUUCCGCUCCUAGUGGGAAGCGCAGCGGCACCAGGGGCGGCAAGGGUGGCAAGGGUGGUGGAGGUGGCGAUGGAGGGAGCGGUGGUGGAGGCGGCGGGGGUGGUGGAGGUGGUGGGGGUGGUCGUGGGGGUGGAGGCGGUGGGUGGGGCGGCGGUGGGACUGGGAGCGGUGGAGGAGGCGACGGCGGCAGUGGAGGAGGAGGCAGCGGUAGUGGUGGUGGAGGUGGGGGCUGGGGUGCGGUCGGCCCGAAGGGGAGCUCCAGUGGUGGCCAGGGGCAGCAGCAGCAGCAGCAGCAGCGUCAGACCCCCACGUCUCAGCAGCUUCAUGACUGGUACGCUCAGCGUGGGGCGUCUGGGGGUCCUGGUCGCUGCCCCUAUGUCAUUCGCGCCGGUCCCCGCGCUGGUCGCCCAUGCAACGGUUUACUCACUGAGCACCGCUGCUUCGCUAGGCUUAGCGACGCCUGGCGCGCCAAGUUUCCUGAUGCUACUGAGUUCCCCAACUGGGCAGACCUGCUUAGGCGUGAUGUUCCUAUCUUUGAUCUUGACUAUGAUGCAAUUCUUGCUGCCAUGUAUGCAUUGACUGUUAGUGCUGAGGGUGACUGCUACUUGUGUGUCCCACCUGACCCAGGUAUAGAGACUGCAGCCCUAGGUGCUAGUGAGUCUGCUCUCUCUGGUACUGCGCCUACUGAGGCCUUGCACACCUUCACGCUUGACUCAUGUGCUUCCCGCUGUUUCUUUUGCGACAGCACCACACUCACUCCCCUCCCUGCACCUGUCCCUGUCUCACUGGCUGACCCCUCUGGGGGCCCAAUGCUUGCACGGUCCACUACUGUGCUUCCGUGUCCGGCGGUCCCGUCUGGUGAGCUGUCUGGUCUCCACCUCCCCUCGUUCUCCACGAACCUGGUGAGCAACGCCGUCCUUCAGGAUCAUUGGGUUGACACCUUUACUCCUGGAGGACAGCGUGUGGCGAUCAGCACAUGCUCUAGGACUGGCCGCCACCUGGCCACGUUCACACGUGCGCCUGGGUCCAGUCUGUACACCCUCACCACUGCGUCGCGCUACACCCCUUUGUCUCCUCAGCUGUACGCGUCCGCUCAGGUAGCUACCCAGUCUCUGCCCGCCCUCCCUCCCUCGCCUGCCCCGCCCUGCAUUCCUUGCGUCGAGGGGCGGCAGCGCGCCGCUCCUCACUCCUCCUCGUUCCCUUCCACAGAGGCUCCACUGCAGACUCUCCACCUGGACGUGUGGGGCCCAGCCCGCGUCCAGGGGCAGGGCCGCGAGCGGUACUUCCUGCUGGUCGUCGACGACUACACGCGCUACACCACGGUCUUCCCCUUGCGCAGCAAGGGUCAGGUCCCUGAUGUUCUGAUCCCCUGGAUCCGUGCUGUUCGUCUCCAGCUCCGCGAGCAGUUCCAGUCGGACUUUCCUGUCCUGCGUCUGCACUCUGAUAGAGGUGGUGAGUUCUCCUCCGACCUCUUGCGAGCUUUCUGUGAGGAGCACGGCAUCCGCCAGUCGUUCACGCUUUCGGCCUCUCCGCAGCAGAAUGGGGUUGCUGAGCGCCGCAUUGGCUUAGUCAUGGAGGUCGCUCGUACCUCCAUGAUCCAUGCGGCUGCCCCCCAUUUUCUGUGGCCGUUUGCGGUCCGGUACGCCGCGCAUCAGCUCAACCUCUGGCCCCGUGUCUCCUUGCCGGAGACCUUGCCCACACUGCUGUGGACGGGGAAGGUUGGCGAUGCGUCGCGCUUCCGGGUCUGGGGUGCUCGUGCCUUUGUCCGCGAUACCACCGCGGACAAGCUCUCCGCCCGCGCCAUUCCCUGCGAUGUCACGUUCGACGAGUCGGUCCCCUUCUACCGUCUCUUCCCCUACCGUACUGCCGCUCGCCCCCCCCUUCCGCUCUUUCUCGCUCCAGGUCUUCCCCAGGUAGACCCCCUCCCCGUGCCAUGUCCUGCUCCUUCAGGUGUUUCUCAGGUAGACCCUCCUGUGCCUGAGCCUGUUGAGGUCACUGGUGACUCAGGUCCUGCUCGGGGUGCUGCGUUUGGGGGUGCUGAGCCUGAGCGUGCGGAGCCUGGGGGUGCUGAGUCUGGGGGUGCUGAGCCUGCGCGUGUGGGGCCUAGGGGUGCUGCAUCUGGGGUUGCUGAGCCUGAGCGUGAGGAGCCUAGGGGUGCUGAGCCUGGGGGUGCUGCGUCUAGGGGUGCUGAGCCUGAGCGUGCGGAGCCUAGGGGUGCUGAGUCUGGGGGUGCUGAGCCUGAGCGUGAGGAGCCUGGGGGUGCUGAGUCUGGGGGUGCGGCGCCUGAGGGUCCUGUGACUACUUGUACGCGGUCUCCUUGGAGUGGCCGCCUUCGUCCGCGUGCGCCUCUCUCCCCGCAGCAGCUGCACGAGUGGUACGCUCGCCGUCAGGGUCGCGCUGCUGGAGCUAGGGGCUCUGCCGCUGGAGGCGCUUCUGCUGACGUCCCUGGAGCUGGGGGUGCCGGUUCGAAGGGUACUGGGGCUGGUGCAGGAGGUGCCGAUGACGCUGGAGCCGCUGGGCCUGAGGACGCUGGAGCUGGUGGUACUGCUGACCCUGCCGCAGGAGGUGCUGUUGGAGCUGCUGACACUGGAGCUGGGAGUACUGCGGGUACUUUCUGUGCUGGAGGUGCUGGAGCCGCUAGACCCGGAGGUGCUCGUACUGGAGGUACUAGAGCUGCUGGGGCUGGAGGUAGUGCGUCUGGGGGUGCUGCUGCUGGAGACACCGGGACUGGAGUUGCCGGUUCUGGGGGUGCUGCUGCUGGUGACGCUGGUACUGGCGGUGCUGGCGCUGGAGGUUCUGCGGCUGCUAGUGGUGCUGGCGCUCGAGGAGCUGGAGCUGGAGGGUCUGGAGCUGCUGGAGGUUCUGGAGCUGCUGGAGGCACUGGAGCUACUGGUGCUGGUGGCACUGCUGCGCAGCGACUGUUCUUCUCUCCGCCGUCACCGUCGUCUCUGCCGCCUCCUGACACAGUGCUUCGCCAGACAGGAGGUCCUGCUAAGCGUCGCGAGCCAGCGUCCCGUCCUGUCUCGCCUGUUCGCACUGGUCGCACUGGUCGCACUGGUCGUGUUAGUCGUGAGCGUCCUCCUCCUGUCCCUGGCACGCACAUUAUGGCACUUCGUCCUUCCUCUGUUCCACAGCGUGUUCCUCUGCCGUCUCCUCCUGCGUCUUCUUUGCCUGACGUUCCGGACCCAGAGUCAUACCGGUUUCGUGCUGAGCACCCUACAGUCACGCGUCUGCUAGCCACUGUUGUCACUGACCCGUCGUUUGAGUCUGCUGCUGCGUCUGCCUUAGUCGCUGAGCUUGUUGACUUUGCUGAUGCCUGUCGUCUAGACUACGCUGCUAGCCUUGUUGCUGAGUCUGAGUCUGUCUGUCCUCCGUCCGUCGGGGGUGAGUGUGCUCUUGGCACGGACGUCCUUGAGGACAGGCACGAGGACCUUGAGUGUCUUGCAGCCGCUGCGCCUCAUCUCGUGGCCAUGCUGCUUGCACCUGAGGGAGACCCGGAUGCUGUAGACAUCCCGACCCCGCGCUCUUACGCUGAGGCGAUCGCGGGUGAGUACUCCUCUCAGUGGCAGGCAGCCAUGGACGCAGAGAUGGCAUCAUGGAAGUCCACAGGCACUUACGUCGAUGAGGUUCCCCCUCCUUGGGCGAACAUCGUCGAUGGCAUGUGGAUUUUCAGGGUGAAGCGGCCGCCGGGUUCUCCGCCUGUCUUCAAGGCUCGCUACGUUGCUCGAGGCUUCAGUCAGCGGGAGGGAGUUGACUUCUUCCAGACCUUCUCCCCCACCCCGAAGAUGACCACUCUUCGAGUGCUGCUGCACGUUGCCGCUCAGCGUGACUACGAGCUUCACUCUCUUGACUUCAGCACAGCCUUCUUUCAGGGCAGCCUGCACGAGGAGAUCUGGCUACGCCGCCCACCUGGCUUCACUGGGUCGUUCCCUCCUGGCACCCAGUGGAGCCUCCGGCGGCCAGUCUACGGUCUCCGUCAGGCUCCUCGUGAGUGGCACGACACACUAAGGACGACACUUGCGGCUCUUGGGUUUGCUCCUUCGACUGCUGACCCGUCGCUGUUUCUGCGCACUGACACUUCGCUGCCGCCGUUCUACAUCCUCGUGUACGUCGACGACUUGGUCUUUGCCACUGCUGACACUUAG